AUGGUCAAUGGAGAGACCUUGCCAAUGCUUGCAGUGAAGCCUGGAGAUGAAUUCAGCUCAAGCAGUCACCAAGUUGCUGAAUGUAUAUUUAACUGUUCUUCUUGUAAUCCAGCCUUUUUUAGAUCUACUCUUCCAGUUCUGCCACUGCUCCUUGUUCUGUCUCCAGUGAAUUCAUCUAGUUGCGCAAUGGAAAAUAAAACAACUGAAAUCCAUGUGAAGUAUGAGAACAUACUAAUUCACGACAUCAAUGAGCUGGUAAAUAUAUCUGCUCAGAAUCGUGACAGGUGCUGCAAGAACAAAAACCUCGAAAAUAUCAAAGUGUUUUUCUGCAAUGAUACUCAGGAAAUAGAAUCACUACAGAGCAUGGCAUGCAACAUGCUCAGAUUCUUUCAUAAGCAAAAAAUCAGCAAAGCCUUUAGAUGGAAAGCAGCAUUCGUCUCAUGUGGGACAUUACAGGUUCUGAAGUGCAAAUGUGAAGGACACAGAAAAGAAAAAAUUUGUCCACAUGUAAAUGUAUUUGGUAAAGAAGAUACAGAGACAGGUGAACAGUCCAGAAAGAAAUGUAACCAAGAAGUUUGUGAACUGAAAGAAAAUAUAUCUAGCCUUAGAUCCUGCUGGAAUAAAUUUGAAAAAAUAAUUUCCAGGUGAUUCCAGAAUUCUGAUGGAAAGCUACUGUACCUUGUUCCUGGAGAUGGAAUAAGCAGAAACGACUGAACAAGCUGCUGAAGUCCAAGAAGUGGAAAUAAAAGACCAGCAUGUGAAACAAAGAACUCUACAGAAGGCUGUGUCCCACCUUUGUGCUCUGGAAACUACUUUGAAUAUUCUGAUUUUUCAAGUAACUUUAUAAUACCAUCACAUGAAAGCAAUCUAUUUACAUGUCUACUGCAAUUUAUAAAAUCAUCUUAGAAGCUGCAGGUGAAGAAAACAGUAUGGAAAAGUAGCUGGUUUCCUUAUACCUAUGUAAAACUCAUCAAGAUCCAAAAGUAACAAUCUAUCAAAGCAGCAGCUAAUCUUGAGUAUGUUCUGCUGACAUAGAAGUGUUUUCAGUGUAGGUCAAAUGGUCUGCUAACUUAUUUGGGUUUGGAAAGAGCAGGGAAGAAGUCAACUUUUUGAAAAACUUAGAAAGGGUACUGAUUUCUGAGAGAUGUAGCAUGCUUCUGCUCUCUGAAGUAGAGGCAAGACAGCAAGUCCUAUGGAAGGCAAAAGAGGAGAGGCUUGAAUGUAAGUUUGUUCAGCUGACUAGCAGCACUAGUCCUAUGAAUUUGGUUAACCCAUAGUUAGCUGCAGGAGGAGCUAGAAUUUCUUAGCUUCGGAUUGUGAUUUGUUAUAUGCAAUUAUUUUAUAUAACGUGUUUUAAGAUGUUAGACAACCAUGAAUUAAAAUGUGUGAAUAUUGUCAGAGAAUAAUAUAUUGGCAUUUAACUAAUAAAGUGUUCAUAUUUAAUUUUGGAUAAAUAUAAGUAUUUUUAUAGUUGUUUAUAACUCUUUUGCAGUUUCUUACUUUGAUAUUAUA